CAAAAUGAUUGCCUACCUAACUUUGGCUGUGAUUGUGCAGAGUGCUUUCGCUGGAAAUCUUGUGGAAGUUCUUCAAAACGACGGGGAAACAACUUUAAUUGCUCUUGUACAGCAAGCAGGAUUAGCCGAUGCUCUGUUAGGAGGGGAAUUCACUAUUUUUGCUCCGACAAAUGCUGCUUUUGCCAAACUUCCACAAGCUACACUUGAUAGUCUUUCAAAGGACACCACAGCUCUGGCCAACAUUCUGAAAUAUCAUGUGGUCAAGGGAUCCAUCCACAAAGCUGAUGCUUCUAAUGAGCUUCAGUUGGAGACUCUGGCGGGAACCAAAAUCAGAUUCAACAUAUACAGCCAUAACCAUGUUGUGACAGUGGAAGGAUCCAAAAUAACCCACUUUGAUCUCACCGCAUCAAACGGAAUGGUCCACGUUAUCGACACCGUUAUGAUGCCCCCUGAAGGAAAUAUCGUCGACCUCGUGGCCGGCAACAGUGACCUCAGCACUCUCCUGUCAAAGGUGCAGACAGCUGGCUUGGCCGGAGCUCUACAAGGCGAUGGACUGACAGUAUUUGCACCAACAAAUGCAGCUUUCGCUAGACUUGGUAGUCACGUUUUGGACAACCUUAGAAGAAAUCCAAGACUUUUGAAAGGUACACAUUUUGGAAAAUUUUGA